UUUGUGCUAAUAGCAUGGUGCUAAUCCUCUGGUGUUAGCUUUAGCUUUAGCUCGAGAUGUUCGCUUCUCCUCACGUCCGUAGUUAGCUUCACGUUUCAGAGCCGUCAACCAUGACGUGACUUUCAGUCUCACGGCUUCUAGUCUUCAAAACAAUGCGGCGACACCUUCGUCUUGUGUCCGUGUGUGUGAUCUCGGUGUUCGUCUCGGUGCUGUACGUGUUUGAGGAACUCGCGUCGUCUCUGGAGACUGAAGCCGGACGGUACGAGCCGCGACGUGAGAGAAGCGGCCGGGCAGGAGGCCUGAGCCAGCCUCAGUCUGAGCACAGGUGUAAGUCAAUGUCUGUCACACACUGGAAUCCAUAUUGGAGACUGCCCCGUGAUGUUUGUGGAAAGAACUGCUUUAUGGAGUCGGCUCGUAGGUAUUCUGUGGAUGAAACGUUGUCCGCGGUGCUCGAGGUGGGCGGGACUGAGAUGCUCAGGUUGGCAGUGGUGGCAUGUGGCCCCAGGCUGGAGGAGACUCUCACCAUGCUCAAGUCUGCGGUUCUCUUUAGUCGCAGAACUCUUCAGUUUUACAUCUUUGCUGAGGAUGAGCUCCAUUCUGGCUUCAGAGAUGCUUUGGAGUCGUGGCCAGUGAAGUUCCGUUCUAAAUUUAACUACACUACCUACCGCAUCACCUUCCCCGGUGAUAAUGCCAAGGAAUGGAAGAGACUGUUUAAACCCUGUGCGUCCCAAAGACUUUUCCUGCCUCUGAUCCUAACUGAGGUGGAUUCUCUGCUCUACGUGGACACAGACAUCCUGUUCCUACAGCCAGUAGAAGAGAUCUGGAACUUUCUCUCCCGGUUUAACAGCAGCCAUUUGGCAGCGAUGGCACCCGAGCACGAGGAACCGAGAAUCGGCUGGUACAACCGCUUCGCACGGCACCCGUAUUACGGCAAAACUGGUGUCAACUCUGGAGUCAUGCUUAUGAACAUGACCCGCAUCAGAGCCAAACGCUUCAAGAACGAUAUGACGACGGUCCACCUGAGAUGGAGUGAAUUGCUUAUGCCACUACUACAGAAAUACAAGCUGAACAUUACAUGGGGGGACCAAGACCUCUUAAAUAUCAUAUUCCACUACAAUCCAGAAAGCCUGCUUGUGUUCCCGUGCCACUGGAACUACCGCCCGGACCACUGCAUCUACGGCAGCAACUGCGCUGCAGCCGAGCGACACGGGGUUUACGUUCUUCAUGGCAACCGAGGUGUUUACCACGACGACAAGCAGCCUGCAUUCCGAGCCGUUUACGAAGCCGUUCGGAAAUUCCCAUUCGGAGAAGACGCGAACAAAUUCCUACUCAAGCCUCUAGAGGAAAAACUAAAGCAAACCCUGCACACGUACUGCGGACGAUCCGGCCACCUUUUCACUAAGAGGUUACAGCAGAGUGUCAGAAACCUACAGAAGGAAAACCACGACACGAGAUGAUGCGGCUCGUCCAUCUCGGCUUCACGCGAGUCCACCGCAUCUACGGAGCCGCCGAGGAGAAGUGACCAGCGGUGUGAAUCGGGUCGUCCCGAUUGUCCCGUACGGCCGAAACGGAAGUAGAAACAAGGCACUAAAAUCACUUUUUUACACGGUAUCGGGAAGAGUCCGAUUUCUACAAACAUUUUUUUCUAGAUCCAGAUCCUCACUACAGCCCUGUUUUUUUCUUUCUUCUUGUUUUUUUUCUUUCUUUCUUUGAAUCGACUAAUGACGAAGCUAAUUAAGCGUGUUGGUACCGCAGGCUGUGAAUCGUUUUUCCGGGCACUAACAUGUAACGUAGGGUAAAAUUUCCUCACCUUAAACAUUACGCCUCAUUUCUAUCGAGGGACAGAUAAAUACAUUUUAUCUACUGUAUCGAGGUCUUUUUUUAUGACUUAUGAAUUCAUUUUUCUCAGAACGUCGUAAGAUUGCGUGUCUGUACGAUUAGCAAACGAGCCUCUGCGUGAACGAGGGAUAAUAUGGGGAAACUGACGGGUACAAAGGGCGAAGUACAGGCAUCAGUUAAGCUUAAUAACGUAUAGAUACGACAUGGGCGAACUUUCGCUGGUCAGUUAGGAAGCGAGUUUUCACAGCUCACCACAGUAUCCUCGAAGGCGUGGCCAUAUCUACACACUACAGGUAUUUUGUUCUUCAAAGUAAACAGUCCAAAUGCAAAAGCCUGGUUGUUUUUGUUCACAUAUAUAUAUAUUUUCUCAUAAAAUGAGAAUUAAGAAAAGAACAUGAGGCAUGAAACACCAAAUUUACACAGGUUUAGUUUGUGUACUCCUGAUGGUGGCGCUAUAAUAUAGUGCUUAAAGCUGCGGUGCACGAUGUUUGAAAGCUAAUGUUGACAUUUGAAAUCACCAAAACAAACACGCCCCUAACUCAAAUGGGUGUCACCCCUGUUUUGAUAGCUCCUCCCCACACAUACGUACAUAACCCAGGCAACUAUUAUAGCAGAACCUGCCGGGGCGGCCGGCCGAGGGGAUAUUUUUAUCAGUAAAUGAACACAGUGAGUAAUACUACGGUAAUACAGAUGUGUUUUUGUAGUAUUGUGUGUUGUAGCGUGAAAGGUUUAGCUCCGUUUCACGUGGAAGACGACGUUCGACACCUAGAACCCGAGGCAGAGGUAACGGCAGGUAUCCGCCAUGUCAGUGUUUCAAUCGCUUUCUGCUAAUGUCACACACGCACACUGAACACUCUCUCCGCCGAAUAUUGACAAGACACGCCCCUUUCUGCUCAUCGCCUACACAUCUGUUUUGUUUGUCGGCCCGACUCAUUUUUCUGAAGCGUGUUUCAAACAUCGUGCACCGCACCUUUAAUGUUUCUUUCUCUUUUUAUGGAAUAUGGACUAAUUUAUCAGUUUUGAUACAUUCAAGAACAAAAGCAGUUCACUGUGACCUUAAAAACAACGCACAGGUCUUAAAAGGGAAAAAGAUAUUACAAAACUAAUACACACUCAUUUUUCUGAAAUUCCACUUAGCAUACGAGACAAACGAUAAAAAUAGAAUGUAAUAAAUAAAAUUUUUUUUUUUUUUUCUGGGCCUCGUGAUCAGAGUUCAUUCAUCAGUAUUUUAGCCCUUCCAGGUUUUGAGCUUUUUUUAGAGAAUUCUGACAGGUUUAAAAGUGUUCAAGCGUAUUUUAUUGCUGAAUGUUGGCUAUAACACUUAAUUUCGGUACCAUGCAAAUAUUCUUAAUAUUCUACACUACCGUACGUUCCCUGGCCUUUAAAUCUUCUGUGGUAUUGUUUACAAUUAAUAAUAUAUCAGUUCAUUUUAUGAUGUAAAAAUCAAUCGAAUAAAGAUUCAACAAAAUUAUUAUUUUUUUUAUAUUAUACUUUGUUCCUGAAACAUGUGACCGGUUCUUUACAAACGCUAAAGAUGUGUCGGAGAAGGAAGGUGACGGGCCGCCGGUGUUAAACUCUGUGUUUACAGAAAUGAAGAAGCAGAGAAAACUUGUUUAACUUCUCAGACACCUUUUCAGUCUGAAAUCGAAACUCCGUCUCGGAUUCGCUGUCGGUUUUGUAAGAAAAGUCACAUAACCGAUUGAAUCCGUCUCGAGCGCGUAAUGAACAUCCGCUAGGACAGAUGUUUUUGUCACCGUCCGCACCGAAUAGCAUUGUACACGUAUUUCUGAUGUACAACAGAUCCGUCAAUUCCGUUAGACAGAAUUUAAUCCUGAAUAUAGAAAAUAUUUUAUAUAGUCUGAUUUCAUUUGAUGUCAUCAUGAAUAUUCAUGUUCAUGUUCAUUGUGGUACCUUUUUUUUCUGAAUGUAAAUAUUUGAACGAUGCAGUAUAUUUUUGUAAUAAACGUUGCACUUUUAAUUCA